AUGGCGUGGUUUUGUUCUGCAAAUAGUAAUGACGGUUUGAUAAAUAAUAUGAAAAAGGCUGGAAUAUUUAAGUCUGAGAAGGUCGAACAAGCCAUGAAAUCGGUUGAUAGAGGAAAAUAUAUAAGUAAUCAGCCAUAUCGCGAUUCACCUCAACAAAUAGGUUAUGGAGCUACCAUUUCUGCACCUCAUAUGCACGCUCACGCUUUAGAAAACUUGACACCUUUUUUGCAACCCGGCAUGAAAGUGUUAGAUGUUGGAUGCGGUUCUGGAUAUUUAACUGCUUGCAUUGCAGAGAUGGUUGGACCAGAAGGAAAAGUUAUCGGUAUUGACCAUAUCCCUCAACUCGUGAAUAAGGCCAAAAACAAUGUAAUGAAUGAUCGACCGGAACUUUUGGAAUCCCAAAGAGUGGUAUUUGUACUUGGAGACGGUAGAAAAGGACAUCCAGAAGAGGCGCCUUAUGAUUGCAUUCAUGUAGGAGCUGCCGCUGAAACGAUGCCUCAGGAUUUGAUUGAUCAGCUAAAAUCUCCCGGACGGAUAUUUAUUCCAGUGGGAGAUAAUCACCAAUAUAUUUAUCAAAUUGACAAGGAUAACGAAGGAAAUGUUACAAAGAAGUCUUUAAUGGGUGUCAUGUAUGUUCCGCUUACUGAUGCUCAGAAACAGUUACGAGGAGAUUGA